AUGUUUGGUAGGCCCAUCUCAUCUGUGUAUCGUUCUUUGAUCACAGGCGCGAUCCCAGUAUUGCAGCACCAGCGCCGAACUAUUGUGGUUUUCAGCCAACAACACCACAUCCUGGAAAGUAAUCAAAAAGCGCGUGGAAGUCCUAGCAAUGUGUGGGUUGAGGACUGGGAAGCGGAGAGAAUGGGCAUGAAACCGGAGGAUGGUGCGAUGCCGACCCAGCUUCUGAUCGAUAAACAACUCGAGCUUUAUAACUUUGACCAGCUCAUCUCCCGAAUUGAGUUAAUGGAGGCGCCCAAACACAGUAGCUAUUACAGUCGAAAGAUGUAUGGCGAGAAGCUUCAAUUUGAGCUUAACGAUCGUUCACAAAAGUGCAACUUCCAGAGCAAGUGGUGGAUCACCCGCUCACAGGCCUACAAGGAGAACUUGCAGUUCAAAAACAACGCCCGGGCGAGCAUUAUUCUCACCAAAGGCCAGGUGAAGCUUUUCCACACCAGCCAACUGGUCGGCGGCGAGGCAUUUCAAACGCACCCCGUCAGCGGCAGUACCCGGAAGUUGUACAACAAACGCGGUGAUCCCUACAACACCCUCCGUGAUCACAUCAAAAGCAAUGAGUUUAACAGUGGACUCUACUUUACCCGCCGCCAACUCGAUUUCUUUAAGCUUGCCGUUCAGUCCAAUCAGGUCCCUCUUACGCAGGACAUGACCUCUGGCGAGCGCUACCUCAUCUACAACGUCGACCAGCUGGAGGAUCCGAAUCUCGCGUUAAAAACCCUGCAGAGGUCGCCGGUGAGCGUACCGACUUUUUUGCUUUCCGGGGAGCCAAUCCAGCACGAGAACACGAAGAAAUUGCCCAAAUCAUUUAGAAGUAAUUACUGGCUGACGGGGCGCGACGCGGAGCUCUAUCAGUGGCCUAUCAAGGAAGCUGAGAAGCGCAAAGGGGUGCCUUUCAACACCGGCGGUGCGGCCUCACUUCAGAUCGAGUUUUACAAUGUUGAGCAGCUCGCCAACCCGGAGGAGGCGUUCGCGAAGGCAGGGCUGUUUGUUCAGUAG